UUCAAUUACUCCUAAUUAUCAUAUUGACGUCGCGAUGGGGCCUGUGAUGGAACAGUUAGAUAUUCAUUCGGAUUUUUGAUGCUUAUGAGGAUUACUUUGAAAGGUUCGAAAUCUGGGCUAUGACCAAGGAAGAUUAUGCGAAUAUUAAUAUUGUGGCACAUUUUCUCACAUUCAUCGGAAAAGAAGCAUAUAGCUUAUUAAAAGUUUUGGCUUUACCGGAAAAGCCCAUUUCUCUUCCUUAUACAACUCUCAAGGAACUACUUCUAGACUAUGCUAAGUAUACAAAUUUCGAAUGCAGUAAAGGGCGAUUUCGUAAAAUGAUUCAUGAUGAUAUGAAAAAUUCCACUACAUUACGUCACCCCAUCCCAGUGCAUACUCAAGGUUAUGCAGAUAAUUCAUUGAGUUGCAAUGCAGUUCACGAAGAUGGGCACAAGUUUGGUCAAUGUUUGUCCUGUGGCAGGUUCAACUCUUUUAAUUCAUGUAAAUUUUAUAAUUCUAAGUGCUUUAAAUGUGGUGAUAUCGGAAAUAUUCACUUAGUUUGUAAUUCUGAUCCUAAUAAGUUGAGUAUUUAUAAUGAUCAUUCAUCUUUAUCAAUGAUUUCAAAAGACAAUUUAGAGUCGUAUAGCAGUUCAGAGUUAAAUGAAACUCAGAAUUCUUCCGAGACAACAAUUCCUAAUCAAUCAACCUAUCAGAUUUCCUGUUAUUGUACCAGAUAUGAUUUUUCUUAAUGAUUCACAUAUUUCCGAUGAAAUUUCUUACAAAUCUGGUGAAAAUAUUUCGGAUGAACCUGAUCAUGAUCGAAAAACUGAUGUAGUUUUAAUUGAUGCUGAUUUUUCUAACGAUCCUUUACUCUGCAAUGACAUUCUUAAUAAAUUUGAGGAAACUAUUUCAGAAGAAUCAAAUCUUGAUGUCAUAUCAAAUAUUAUUUGUCCUCAUGAUGCAUUUGUUUCUUGUGACAAACUUGUUCGAUGCGAAGCACGAGUAUUAAAUGAGCUAGAGUUUGAUUACAAUUCAGAUAAUUCCAUAUCAACUGUUGUUUACCCUUAUCAUAAAUUUAUUUCCAAUGUAUACUCUAGUUAAUGUGAGAAAUAUGUUUUAAAUGAAGCCACAUUAUUCAUAACUCGGGGAUAUGAAGAUCCGACAUUAUUUCGUAGGGGAGGAUAGUCUAUGGUUCAUAUCCUAGGUAGUAGUUUCAGUAUUCAACCGGCAUGGUGAUUGUUCACAAUCCCAGAAAUCAGGUCAGUCUGUUACGAUUUCCGCUGUUAAUUCUAAUACUAAUGAGUGCAUCCUAGAUAAUACAGAGUCUUUAUCCAAUACACUGUUGGACAGACACAGGAUGAACUUAAGAAGAUGACGUGCAAUCAAUUACAGACACCUGGACUCCAAUUUAAGCUGUGGCGGAUGUGGUGUUUGAAUGAACUAAUGAUUGCUUUGUACUUGUUGAAUGCCUAAUUUAG